AUGAGAGGAAGCUGGAACCACCAUGCUUACUACCGCGAAAAGAUUCUGAAUGCGGAGCAAGAAGUGGAGAAGGAACGUCAGAGAAAGCAGAUGGUUCUGGGAGUCGGGAUGAUCACUGUCAUGCUAACUGCAUUCACCGUUGGCCUCACUGCCACCACCAAUUAUUUCGAUUACAACAGGGCGGUUUAUCCCUACAGGAUUAUGGAUUCCUCCAUCCAGGGGGUAUUAAACUUCUUCUAA